AUGAGUUUCAUCAAUCUGACUGAAAUCGAGUUGCCGGCGGCAUUUGACGCCCAUGUGCACUUACGUGACGGUGAAAUGUCGCAGCUCGUUACCCCCACCAUCCGCCAGGGAGGUGUGAAUCAGGUGUAUGUCAUGCCUAAUCUUGUCCCGCCCGUCACAUCGGUUCAAGCAGCUCUCGAGUAUCGUGACCGCCUGCGAGCCAUCGAGCCGAAUGUUCACUAUCUCAUGUCCCUCUAUUUGCACGAGGACAUCACACCCGAGGUGAUUCGCGAGGCCAAAAAGGCAGGCAUCACCGGUGUCAAGUCCUACCCAGCUGGUGUCACCACGAACUCCUCGUCUGGCGUUCUCUCUUAUGAACCUUUCUACCCCGUGUUCGCAGAGAUGGAAAAACAAAACAUGAUCCUCAAUCUGCAUGGCGAAGUCCCUUCGACGCCCGCAAACACCCAUGUUUCCCAAACGGGGGAUUCGGCCUCCAUCACCAUCCUCAACGCGGAGCCUGCAUUCCUCCCUACUUUCCGGUCCCUGCACGCCAGGUUCCCUAACCUGCGCAUCAUCCUCGAGCACUGCAGUACGGCGGCCGCCCUCGACGCUGUCCGCGCUUGCGGGCCCAGCGUCAGCGGGACCAUCACGGCGCACCACUUGAGUCUGGUUAUUGAUGACUGGGCUGGCGAUCCGUUCUGCUUCUGCAAGCCUGUAGCCAAGACACCCGAGGACCGCGAUGCGCUGUUGAAGGCUGUAGUGGGCAGUCAAGGUCGCUUCUUCCUGGGCACGGAUUCGGCGCCGCACCCGAGCACGAAGAAGCGGGGCGAGGACAAGGUAGCUGCGGGCGUGUUUACCCAGCCGUAUGCGCUGGGCUAUGUGCUCGAUGCGCUACAGGUGGGUGUUGAGAGGGGUGUCGUCAAGGAGGAAGAGGUCAGCCAGGAGGUGUUGGAGGGUUUCUUUGGUGGAUAUGGAAGGAAGUUCUACCAGGUCAGGGAUGAGAAGAAUGAGAGGAUCAUGCUGAAGAAAGGUGGAGAGAAGAUUGUGGAUGUAUUGAACAAGGAUGGUGUCAGCGUCGAGGUGGUCCCGUUCAGGAAGGGUGAGCAGACGUGGAGCGCCGAGUGGAGGUAA